AAUCAAAAAUAAAUAAAUAAAAACAUUAAAGUACGUCAGAUCAUCAGUGAUCAAAUAUUGUUGAUUACAAAGUCAUUAUCGACAAAAAUAAAAAAAAACAUGAUAAUCCAAUGAAAUAUUUACGAGGAUUACAAUAAUCAUCACUGACAAUCUGAACAAGUUGAUUCAUAAAUUAUCUUUCCAUGAAGUUGAUAAACAAUUAAAUAAACAUUCAACAAUUGAUUGAAGGUUAUUGUUGAUUUAUCAUAUGUUAAACAAUGAAACGAACAAAAACAAAUCUUUUUUAUGAUAUCUACAAUCAACCAUAUGAUUAUGGAACAAGACUCAAAUUAUACUCCAGCAGUAAAGCAAGUUUGGAGCUUCUUCAACGAAUGUCAUUAGUAAAACGUUUAAAAGUUCAUAAUGGUUGUGUUAAUUCAAUUUGUUGGAAUGAUAAUGGAGACUUGAUAUUAUCAGGAAGUGAUGAUCAACAUCUUGUUUUAACAAAUGUAUACAAUUACAAGGUUCUAACAGACUACAAAACGAGUCACAGAGCCAAUAUAUUUAGUGCCAAAUUUUUACCAAACAGUGGUGAUCAUCGUAUUGUAUCAUGUAGUGGUGAUGGAAUUAUACUUUAUACAGAUUUGAUGAGAAAAACUGAAACUUUUAAUAAUCAAUUUACUUGUCACAAUGGUACAACAUAUGAAAUAGCAACAAUACCUAGUGAACCUCAUAGUUUUUUAAGUUGUGGUGAAGAUUGUACUGUUAGAUAUUUUGAUUUACGUAUUAAGUCAUCUUGCAAUACACCAAGAUGUAAAGAAGGUAUAUUAAUAUCAUGUCAACGAGCAGUAACAGCAAUGUCUGUGAAUCCCAUAACAUCUCAUUAUUUGGCUGUUGGUUGUUCUGACAGUACAGUAAGAAUUUAUGAUCGUCGAAUGUUAAGUACACGUGAUCCAAAUUGUACAGAUAAUAAUGAUUCAAUAACACCACCAAUAUCACUUUUUACUGUUCCUGAAUUUGAUGGUAGUCCAUAUAGAAUAACAUCAUUGAGUUAUAGUCCAGAUGGUAAUGAUGUACUUGUUAGUUACAGUAGUGAUCAUCUUUAUUUAUUCAGUGUUAAAGAUCAAGGAAUUGUAAAAUUUAAAACAGAAUUACCAAUUGAAAAAUCUAAUAAAAGUAAUAAAAAACAAAUUGUAAGAUCUCCACAACCAGUAAGACGUUUAAGAUUACGUGGUGAUUGGUCUGAUACUGGACCAGAUGCAAGACCAGAACGUGAAGGUGGACGUCGUAAUGGUACAGAAAUAGCACAAGCAAGACCAGUACUUCAUACAUCACUUAUGCAAAGAAUGACAGAUGUAUUAAGUAGAAUGUUAAAUGAUCCAGCAACAAGAGCAGCAUUAAGUGGUGGUGGUGAAGAUAGUCUUGAGGGUGUUAUUGAUCAACAUGCAGCAGGUGUACAACAAGAUGCUGAUUUAGAUAUUAAUAAUGAAGAAAGAAAUAGUGAUGCACAAUCAUCAAUGGAUACAGAAUCAAAUGCACAAGCAAUUGAUGAUAGCAUAGAGACUGGUAGUAUGGGUACGACAAUUGAAAAUAAUUUAGAUUCAACAAAUACUGAAUCACUUGGUGAUGAUGAGCCUGAAAGUGAUGAUAUUAAUUCAUUUCCAAUACAACAAUUAUCAGAUAAUUCAAAUAAUGAUGUAUUACAACAACAGCAACAACAAGAAACUAGUCAAUCUGAAAAUACUAAAGCAUCAAUACAAUCAUUUACAACAUUAAGUAUAUCACAAGAUGAUAAUGAACAUGAUGAUAAUAAUUCUGUUAAUCAAAUUGAGGAAAAUCCAAUUGAAAAUGUUAGAGAUGAAAAUAUGAUGGAAAAUUUACAAGACAGAUUGACAACAAUGCGUGAUGGAUAUUUAGAAAAACAUGGAAGUGAACCUGCUGUUAGUUUAACUUAUUCAGAUAAAAGUUCAACUGGAGCAACAAUAUCAAUGGGUGUUGGUAAUGAAGUUAUGCGUGAUAAUUAUCAUCCAGGACCAUCUGGAAGUCAAAGUUCAGCUACAGCUGGACCAAGUCGUAUUACACAAACAAAUUAUAGCUCAAUACAUGAACAAACAGAUGAAGAUGUAUACAAUGACAGUGAUGAUGAUGAUGGUGAUGAUACUGGUAUUAAAAUUAAUCCAAUUGGUGUUGAAAUUGAUAAAUCUGAAAGGAGAAAUUCAUUGGGUCAAAAUGAAACAUCAUUUGAUGAUAUUACUUCACCAGAAAUACAUGUCAAACAAAAAUACAUGGGUCAUCGCAAUGCGAGUUUCUUUAGGACCAUGAUUAAGGAAGCAAACUUUUGGGGUGAUAAUUACGUUAUGUCAGGAAGUGAUUGUGGACAUGUAUUUAUUUGGGAUCGUGAAACAGCAAAGCUAUGUAUGUUACUUGAAGCUGAUCAACAUGUUGUUAAUUGUUUACAACCACAUCCAUUUUUACCAAUGCUUGCAACAUCUGGUAUUGAUUAUGAUGUUAAAUUAUGGUCACCAAUCAAUGAAGAAUCAAAUUUUGAUUGUAAUUUUGCUGAAGAUCUUCAAAAACGUAAUGCAGUUAUGCUGGAAGAAACAAAAGAUACAAUAACAGUACCAGCAGUAUUUAUGAUCAGGAUGCUUGCUUGUCUCAAUCAGAUUCGCAGAGGACGCGGACGAAACCGGAGGAGAAGUGGUGAUGAAGCUGAUGACUUGAGAGGGGGGUAAAAUAAAUCAUUUGAUCUUCAUCCUCAUAGCUUCUAAAUAAUUAAAAGAUGACAAUAUUCAUUUUGCAAUUCAAUUCAUUGAAACAAAAAUAAUUGACAAUUAUUUAAACGUGUCUCUGAUUUUCGCAUUUUUUUUUUGUUUAAUAACGUAUUUAAUCGAAAUUUCAUUUACAUAAUUUUCAGUACAGGUCUAAUUUACAAUGCCUAAUAAUAAUAAUUUUUAUUUCAUCAACAAAGCAAAUAUAUGCAUACAUGUGCCUUAUAUCACUAUUUUAUUUGAAAAUAAUGAAUAAGAAAAAGAUAUUAAAUUAUCGAUCAAGUGAAAUUAUGAAAAAAAACAAUUCAUUCGAAAUAUAAAAACAAUUAGAAUACUUAAAAAAUAAAAAAAUUUAUCGGUAAAAGAAUCAUCAUAAGUGAUUGAUCAAUCAUAUGAUCUAGUGCAAUAAUUAACACGGUGAAUGAAAAUUUGUAGUACUUUAAACACAUAAUAUUGUUUUUGUUUCGUUUAUUAUUUGAAUUUAGAAUGAUAUUUAAUUAGGAUAAAAAUGAUGAUGUAUUGUGCCAUAAUGGUGCUAUUAUUUUUUCUUUUUAUAUGUAAAAUAAAAGAAAAAUUUCAAAAGUUUAUGAUUAUUUUGUUAUAUAAAAAAAAAGAAAAACGGAAAAGAAAUGAAUAAAUUAAAAAAUUUACAUAUUAUAACUUA